AUGGUCAAGUUUCUGCGCGGUAUAGCAGAACUGGCUGAACUGCUGCAGCCUACACUCAAUCCUUCACAGACAGCCGGAUGUCCCGACGCUGCCACAGAUGCCUCGAAGGAAUUGCGCGAGUUUCAUCAGUCCUACCUGCGCGAUCGAUCACAAUUCCGAUUCUAUUUUGAAUACAUGCUGGCCAGUGCGAACGAUGCACUCGUGUUUGCCGAUAGUAUCGUGAAAAUUGUGAUGCAAGAACUGGCUGAGGACGCGCAGCUGAAAGGACGUAUGACUUCACAUAUCAACACCCUCAAAGCACAAUUUGAGAAAGUUGCAGAGCAUUGUCGUCUGGCCGCGGAGGAGACGAUUCUACUCGAUCUGAAUUUCGUCCUGACCAAUGUGAUGACUCCGCAGUGCUCUCCACCGCUUCCCGGUGUUGAAGAUGCUUGCUAUAAAGUGAUACAGUACAAUGACCGAUGCUAUAUCCGGGUUGGCGCUGCCUACGAUUGCCUGCCAGAAAUUGCACAAAUGUUUAUGGAGCGGGAUCCGUCGAUGCUGUAUCUGGAUAUAGCAAAAUUUGUCAAGCAUUUCCCGGAUGUGCGUUCCGAUCAGCUGUACACUCUGCUCCUAUCCCGUGGCGAUUUGCGAUCGUCCGAUGCGAAAGAACUUGCAUGGAACAGUCUCGGCACCGGAGACGCUCGAACCAAAACCUCCCCGCUAAACAUAUUCACGAAACUCUCGGUGGCCGCCCAACGCUAG